AUUUCGUAUUUCUUAUUUCUUUAAAAGUAAAUGCAGGUUAUAGAGGGAGAUGUAUUAUUUUUUAAAUGUAAACGAAGCAUCCAGUUAUGAACAGCGUGUAUUGAGCAAACAAGAAAAGGGGGUCGACAGCACCCAUUGCGGAAGUUGGUCCGUGUUAUCGACACUCGCGGCAGUCUUGGAGAUAGAGAGUGGACUAGCUUCACCAUGUCGAGCACAAUAAAGAGCCUCAAAGUUACUUUCAACGAGAACGGAGUAAGUAAUACGUUUACCAGUGGUGACAGCGUGACUGGAAAUGUCACUGUGGAAGUGAGCAAGGACUGCGAAGUGGAGUACCUCUACGUGAAAUUUAAGGGGAAAGCCGAGGUGUUGUGGACCGAGAGGCACGGUAAAACUACCGUCACGUACCACUCAAAGGACAAGUACUUCAGCAUCAGACAUUACUUUAUUCGAGACAAAAAUUCCUCAGGAGGUGACGAUCAAUCACUACUGACGAACCACAAUGGAGAAACAUACAGUAACGUACUUGCUGUUGGAAUUCAUGUCUACCCCUUCAGCUUUCAGUUCCCUUUGCAGGACAUGCCCUCGUCCUUCAAAGGUUCUGCUGGUAAAGUUGUGUACCUGCUGGAAACCAAGCUGAGCAGAUCGAUGAGGUUUAGCACAACGGAUACUAUCAAGAUCCCCUAUGUGACACAAGCUGGGCCAAACAUUAUGCAUGAACUAAUGGCACCGCAGCACGAGUGUAAAGAUAAAAAAAUGAGCCUGUUCAACUCAGGAACUGUAGCCAUGGAUGUCAAUCUUGAAAAAACAGGUUUCUUCCAAGGAGAGGGCUUAAAGGUUGUGGCAUUCAUUCAGAACAACUCUUCUCGUGAAAUCAAACCCAAGUACUGCAUCUACAGAAAGCACAGCUUCUUUGCGAGAGGGAAGAGAAGGCUUGAUACUAAAGACCUCUUUAAAGAGGUUGGAGAGCCUAUCGCUCCAUCUACCAAUCAAACAGUUACGAGGAUCAUCACAAUCCCACAUGAUGUGGAACCUUCCAUCCUCAACUGUAGCAUCCUCAAGGCAGAGUACAGACUUAGGGUUUAUCUGGAUGUAAAGUACGCUUCAGACCCAGAGAUCAAGUUUCCCAUAACCAUCCUUCCAGCCCCUCAGGUGUCUGCCAUGGAACCAAGCCUGCCCGUUGCUUCUGCUGGAUUUGAAUUUGGAGCCUUUGGAAGCCAAAACCCUCCAAUGUGGAGCACUGUGCCACCAUCACAACCUUUCAAUCCCCCUCCUCCCUAUGAAGCUCAUGCGAUAUACCCUACAUUGACAGAUUUUGGUGGUAAAUAUCAAUGAUAUUAUUGUCCGGAUGCUUGUACACCAAGGGCCUGAUCUACUAAGAUCCCAAAUAACAAGCGCUAGAUUGCGUGACUAAACAAAACAAUUACACAUACUAUACGUGAGCAUGUUGCGGUCGCUCUACUUUGAUUGCUAGCUCAAUUUUUAACAGGUGCAAAAGUGGUGUGGACCGCCCUAUUUAAUUGAGGAUUUUGCGUGUGCCACCAUGGAGAGUUUUGGGAGAGCAGAGUGGCUGUAAAAUGAGGUCGUGGUGAAAGAUGCAAAUAAACACGCAAGUGGACUCCAGCAUCAUAAUAUUGCUAUAUUAGUGUAUUUUGUCAUUUAAUAUAUAAUGUAUGUUUUACACUACAACCUAUUAAAUUGUGAUUGAUUAGGGUAUGAUAUUAUUGUGAACUCAAAAUAGAAGGCAUAUUUUAGUUAUUAGUUAGUUAUUUCACAAUUUUUUGUUAAGUACAUAAUUCCACAUGUGUUCAUAGUUUUAAGAACCUACAAUGUAAAUAGUCAUGAAAAUAAAGAAAACGCAUUGAAUGAGAAGGUGUGUCCAAAAUUUGGCCUGUACUGCUUGGGUUUUUAUACACGCAAACCUUUAGUAGAUCAGGCUCUUGUAGUACAGCUACUUCUGCUCAUUUGACCUACAGUAUAUACGUAUCAUUAUUUAACUAUCCUAGUUUGUAUUGGUUUGUCCAGUCAAGAUCUAUGGUCAUAUAUUUGCAAAUGUAUUUAAAAUGACGUAUGAGGAAAUAAGUGAUUUUCAAGUAGGUUGCUUUUUUUGUAGCCAGUGAUGAUUUGCCUGAUUACUGUAUCAUACUAUUUUAUAUAUUUUGCCUAGUAUUUUCUACGUUUGUAAGUAAUAAUGCAUGUGUAACUACAUUUCUGAUCAAUGAUCACUGAUUACGGAAUCAAUACUCUGAUGUGUCCUUGUGCUACGUUACAUUUCACUGCCCCGCUUCAUAAAUAAAGAGUAACUAUAUAUUAUAAUGU